UUUUGAAAACGAGUGAAUAAUAGAUGCAUGUUGAUUCAGGUUUUCGACAUCAGACUCCAGAUACAACCAAUGAAAGAAUUCAUGAUUUACCACCACGAUAUUAUGGAGGUCCUACAGCAAGAGGGCGCAGGGAGAAUCGCAGAGAUGAUCGAAGACGAACUACUGAUGAUGAAGAUACUGUGCUGGAUAGCCAGGACAUAUCUAGGGCAAAUAAAGUAAACAAUCAUACCACAAGUGCAACAGUGACUGAAGCUCCCCAGAAAGAUGACGACAUUUUAGAAAAUAUUUCAAAUUCACAAAGAGAUGUGAAAGGUCGAUCAACCCGAUCGUUGUCUUCACGAAAAAUCGAAACUAAGCCAAAAGAAGCCAUGGUCAAUGGAACAACUGUAUAAAAUUUAAUCCAGGCCAAACCAUUUUCUUUAUGCGCUCGAUAACUACGUAAUCAGAACUUUUUUGUUUUGUUACUGUUAAUGUGUUUGUUGCAAUUAAUUUCAUUAUUAUAAUGUAAUUUAUUAAUCAGCGGGUUGUCUGCUACCCCAUCUUGGAUGAAACCAGAUUACUUGGUUCUGUGAACCCAGACAUCUCAUUUUAGAGAGACUGCCCAGUGUUAUUGUUGUUCAAUACAAUAAAUCAAGCUUAGUGCGAUAGACAAUACUUGCAUAACUGGAAUAUUCGUGACAACUUUUCCAAUUUUCAUACAUGUAUAUUACUUAUCAGCGCACAUGAAACGAUUUUGAAAUUACAAUUUUAAAGUUUGCUUGUAGUUAAAAUUUGAUUUUUUCUCCAACACAUUUCAUUAACUUUUCAUUUCAUACAUUCAUAAAUCUGUAAGAUUGUUACAGAUUAUUUUCAUCUCAUUUUUUAUAUAGACAAAACAUUGUAAAUAUACCCAUCUUAUUUGUUUUUGUAUAUUUCUUUCGAGUGCUCAUUUUGUGUUGAAAUCACUAAUAUAUUUAUACAUCAAAUACAAUUACUAUCAAUAAAUUGGCCUGACACAAAUAACA